AUGCAUCGGAAGAAAGUGGAUAACCGAAUCCGGAUUCUCAUUGAGAAUGGGGUAGCUGAGCGGCAAAGGUCUCUUUUUGUUGUGGUUGGAGAUCGAGGGAAGGAUCAGGUAGUCAUACUGCAUCACAUGUUGUCCAAAGCAACUGUGAGAGCUCGGCCUUCGGUGCUGUGGUGCUAUAAGAAAGAGCUGGGCUUCAGCAGUCAUCGGAAGAAAAGAAUGCGACAGCUGCAGAAAAAAAUAAAGAACGGGACGCUGAACAUAAAGCAAGAUGACCCCUUUGAACUCUUCGUAGCUGCCACCAACAUUCGCUACUGCUACUACAACGAGACGCACAAGAUCCUGGGCAACACAUUUGGCAUGUGUGUUCUCCAGGAUUUUGAAGCUUUGACUCCAAACUUGCUGGCCAGGACUGUAGAAACAGUGGAAGGUGGUGGGUUGGUGAUUAUUCUCCUGCGGACCAUGAACUCACUCAAGCAGUUGUACACAAUGACCAUGGACGUGCAUUCAAGAUACAGGACAGAGGCCCAUCAGGAUGUGGUGGGAAGAUUUAACGAGAGGUUUAUUCUUUCUCUGGCCUCAUGUAAGAAGUGUCUUGUCAUCGAUGACCAGCUCAACAUCCUGCCCAUCUCCUCCCACGCCGCCAGCAUUGAGGCCCUGCCUCCCCAGACCCCGGAUGAGAGUCUCGGUCCCUCUGAUCUGGAGCUGAAGGAGCUGAAGGAGAGCUUGCAGGACACCCAGCCUGUGGGCGUGUUGGUGGACUGCUGCAAGACCCUCGACCAGGCUAAAGCUGUCUUGAAAUUCAUUGAGGGGAUCUCGGAAAAGACCCUGAGGAGUACUGUUGCGCUCACGGCUGCCCGAGGAAGGGGGAAGUCUGCAGCCCUGGGACUGGCUAUUGCUGGGGCGGUGGCUUUCGGGUACUCCAAUAUCUUUGUUACCUCCCCGAGCCCGGAUAACCUCCACACUCUGUUUGAAUUUGUGUUUAAAGGAUUUGAUGCUCUGCAGUAUCAGGAGCAUCUGGAUUAUGAGAUCAUUCAGUCUCUCAAUCCUGAAUUUAACAAAGCAGUGAUUAGAGUGAAUGUGUUCCGGGAACACAGGCAGACCAUUCAGUACAUACAUCCUGCAGAUGCUGUGAAACUGGGCCAGGCUGAGCUCGUUGUGAUUGACGAAGCUGCUGCCAUCCCCCUUCCCCUGGUGAAGAGUCUUCUGGGCCCCUACCUUGUUUUCAUGGCGUCCACCAUCAAUGGCUACGAGGGCACUGGCCGGUCCCUGUCCCUCAAGCUAAUUCAGCAGCUCCGUCAACAGAGUGCCCAGAGCCAGGUCAGCACCACUGCUGAGAACAAGACCACGGCGACGGCCAGGCUGGCAUCAGUGCGAACCCUGCAUGAGGUUUCCCUGCAGGAGUCAAUCCGAUACGCCCCUGGGGACGCCGUGGAGAAGUGGCUGAACGACCUGCUAUGCCUGGAUUGCCUCAACAUCACCCGGAUUGUCUCUGGCUGCCCCUUGCCUGAAGCCUGUGAGCUCUACUAUGUUAAUAGAGAUACCCUCUUUUGCUACCACAAGGCCUCCGAGGUUUUCCUCCAACGGCUUAUGGCUCUCUACGUGGCUUCUCAUUACAAGAACUCUCCCAACGACCUCCAGAUGCUUUCUGAUGCCCCUGCUCACCAUCUCUUCUGCCUCCUGCCUCCUGUGCCCCCCACCCAGAAUGCCCUUCCAGAAGUGCUUGCUGUCAUCCAGGUGUGCCUCGAGGGGGAGAUUUCUCGCCAGUCCAUCUUGAACAGCCUGUCUCGGGGCAAGAAGGCUUCAGGUGACCUGAUUCCAUGGACAGUGUCAGAACAGUUCCAAGACCCAGACUUCGGCAGUCUCUCAGGUGGAAGGGUGGUUCGCAUUGCUGUUCACCCGGAUUAUCAAGGGAUGGGCUACGGCAGCCGGGCCCUGCAGCUGCUGCAGGUGUACUAUGAGGGCGGCUUCCCUUGUCUUGAGGAGAAAGUCCUGGAGACGUCGCGGGAGAUUCACACCGUCAGCAGUGAGGCCGUCAGCUUGCUGGAAGAAGUCGUCACUCCCCGGAAGGACCUGCCUCCCUUACUUCUCAAGCUGAACGAGAGGCCUGCUGAGCGCCUGGACUACCUGGGGGUGUCCUACGGCCUGACCCCCAGGCUCCUCAAGUUCUGGAAACGAGCUGGUUUUGUUCCUGUUUAUCUGCGACAGACCCCGAAUGACCUGACCGGAGAGCACUCGUGCAUCAUGUUGAAGACGCUGGUGGACGAGGAGGAGGCCGACCAGGGCGCCUGGCUCUCCGCCUUUUGGAAAGAUUUCCGAAGGCGGUUCCUAGCCCUGCUGUCUUACCAGUUCAGCACCUUCUCUCCUGCCCUGGCUCUGAACAUCCUUCAGAACAGAAACAUCGGGAAACCCGUGCAGCCGGCCCUACGCCGGGAGGAGCUGGAAGCACUCUUCCUCCCCUACGACCUGAAGAGGCUGGAGAUGUAUUCACGGAACAUGGUCGACUAUCACCUCAUCAUGGACAUGAUCCCGGCCAUCUCCCGGCUGUAUUUCCUGAACCAGCUGGGGGACCUGGCCCUGUCUGCGGCCCAGUCGGCUCUUCUCUUGGGGAUCGGCCUGCAGCACAAGUCUGUGGACCAGCUGGAAAAGGAGAUCGAGCUGCCCUCAGGCCAACUGAUGGGACUUUUCAACCGGAUCAUCCGCAAGGUUGUGAAGCUGUUUAAUGAAGUGCAGGAGAAGGCCAUCGAGGAGCAGAUGGUGGCAGUGAAGGAUGUGCUUCUGGAGCCCACAAUGAAGACGUUGAGUGACGACCUGGACGAGGCGGCCAGGGAGUUCCAGGAGAAACACAGGAAAGAAGUGGGGAAGCUGAAGGACGUGGACCUCUCUCAAUAUGUAAUCCGUGGGGACGAUGAAGAAUGGAGUGAAGUUUUGAACAAAGCUGGGCAGAAUGCCUCGAUCGUCAGCCUGAAAAGUGACAAGAAAAGGAAGCUGGAGGCCAAACAAGAACCCAAACAGAACAAAAAGUUGAAGAAAAACAGAGAUAUGAAGAACAAAAAAGAUAUGAAACUGAAGCGGAAGAAAUAG